AUGGCCUUCUCAGAGUCGGGCCUCAGCGCGAAACUGUCGACGCUCAACGAGACUCAAGACAGUAUCGUCUCAGUAUCGCAAUGGAUCAUGUUCCAUAAGAGACAUGCCGACCGCAUUGCCAGCUACUGGCUCACCCGCCUACGCGACUCGCCGCCUCCCAAGAGGUUGAAUUUCAUCUACUUGGUCAACGACAUUGUACAGAACGCCCGAGCCCGGAAACGCACCGAGUUCCCAGAUGCCUUUUCACCAUUGAUGGCCGAAGCCAUCCAAACCGCCUACCGCUCCUCGCCGCCAGACGUCCAAGGCAAGAUCCGCCGCGUUGUCGAGGUCUGGCGGACGCGCAAUGUUUUCGAGAUUCCAAUUUUAGACGCCAUCGAGGCCCGGAUCGAUGAAAUCGACAAGUCAAAAGGAUCUAGCGGCAAGAAAACGCUUAUGGGAAACUCCCUCUUCAAUUCUUCUUCGUCAACCGGAACUCCAAAGGAGCUGGAAACGCUUGCAAACUUGCAGAUAGCGGUGACCAAGGAGUCCAUUUCCGCUCGCCCAGCAAUCGAUGCAGCACAGACAGAGUACACGAAGCUCAACAAUCCAUCAGCUGCACUACCUAGUCCACCCGUCCACGCCGCGCGCCUUUCCAGCUUGAUUAAGUCUCUCGCAGCAGCCGAAUCAUCCCUCUCGGCCAGCAUCAAGGCGCGUAAGGCUUUGAUAGCGGACCUUGAGCGCAUCCUAGAAAUCAACAAAUCCGCACUCGCCAAGGACGAGGAGACGUAUCUGGAACUGGAGAACCGGAAGGUCAUCACAGAGGCGAAGAAAAGGGAAGUCGAGGACGGAAUCAUCCGUGAAUUGUCAGCCGUCGACCAUUCCUCGACUGAGACAACCGCCGCAGCCGGUGGCAUCCAUUCCCCGGUCUUCGACAACAAGGCCGGGUUCUCCGAGCGUCCUGAGAUCGAGGAACUUACCCCCGACCGAGAAUUCCCAGGCGAUGACUAUGCAAGUGGCGGGUUCGACCACCCCGGCUUACUGCCGCUACCAGCGACGGAGCCUUCGGAGCCAUACCAGCCUAGUAAUCCGGCUGUCGCAGCAGCGCUGGCCAGCUUCUCAGGCACUGACUAUGAUCCCCUAACUAGCAACUUCGGCGGCAGUAUAUAUGGCAAUAGUAGCACGAUACCGCGCGUAAGGCCUGCGAGUGGUGGACUAGGCACCAACGGACUCGGCGUCAAGAGGCGCAGAUUGUCUCACGGCGAAGAUGAUGUCGUCCCGGACUUGGGGGAGAUGGGCAUGGAGGGAUUUGGGAAGCAAGAGACGGUCACAUUGCAAGGGGAAAACGCUCCCCACGAAGAUCUUUUGCAGAAUUUGGACGAGGACGUUGAUGAACUCUUGAGGCAGGAGGGUGGUGGCUUUUAG